AGUACUCACAGUGUGACCUUCAGCUGCGCCUUGAUAUGAAUGCGGAGGAGUCUUCUUAGACCGUGGAGGUGACUCACUUAGUUGACCACUUUUAUCGUGGUUGAAACGCGAUCAACACGAGGUAAUAAGAUCAGCAAAUUGCGGCGUAGUUUAUAGGAGGUAGUGUAAGCACAAGACCAUGGCCAAAUCACUGCGCAGCAAGUGGAGAAGAAAGUGUCGAGCUGUCAAGCGAGUACGCUAUGGAGAAAAAGAGCUCGCCAGAUUGAAGAAGACCCUCGGCAUCGAUGAGAAUGCCCAUGCGGAUGCUGAGAUGACCGAAAUUCAGGAGAUUGCCACUGUGACAGACGCAAAGGAAAUAAAAGAAAAGGCGGCUGCAAAGGGAAAAGAGAAAACCGAAACUGCUCAAGACACAAUGGAAGUGGAAGGUGCCCGAGUGUUUAAUAAAAGGACAAUGCGCGAUCAGCAUGGAAAUUAUCCGGUAUGGAUGAGCAGGCGUAAAAUUACCAAGCACAAGCAUGCUAGAACUAAGGGAAAGAAUGCACCGACGAAACAAACUAAGAAGAAAGCUAAGAAACCACGAAACAAGGGAAAGAAGUAAUUGAUUAUUAUAUUUAAGCAGUGUACUAUUAUUGUUACUGAAUUUUUUGGGGACAAUCGAACCUAUUCAGAAAAUAAAUCAACUCGGAACUGUACAAAAGUAAAAGAAGAGCUGAAAAACAUUAUUUUCUGGCAUUACAGAUAGUAUACCAGGUUCUGUCUCAAUAUUAUUCAUGCCUAUCCUUUAAAGGGUUUGUAAAGCUACAUGAUGCAAUAAUUUGCAGUUUGCAUCAUAGUAAUACGCAUCGAAAAAAUCGGUAAAUCUAGGAACAAUCAGGAAAUUUUAUCUGUGUAAGAAAUUGGUUAAUUUUUGCAGCUCAGUGUAAAACGAGGUGUUACUUUCAAGUGAAUUUGAGGGAAAAUAUGUGAUUACUUAGUAUCAAUAUAUCCUUUCACGAAAAAGAAACAGAUGUAACUUAACUAUUGGGGGGAUAUCGAUGACACUAUUAUUUUUUAAAAUUGCUAAUAUUGAGCGAUGUAAUAUUUGAAAGCUUCCUUAAGAAAUUCGAUGCUCAGGAAAAAAUACAUACCUGAAAAGAAUCUUAGACUUCAAAAAACGUACCAGCCCUGUUACAGUACUGAAAAUGGUAUACAAUUCAGGUUUCAGCUAUCAAUUACUUGAGAAUACUGAACUAAAAAUAUUAUUUAGAUAUUCGUUGUAUUGUUUUCUUAUUACAAAGAUUAUUGUACGAUAUCAAAAAGUAAUAAACAGUACAUUUUUUA